UGCUCUGAAUCACCAUCCCCUGUGGAAUGACCAGGAUCUUCAGCCCUAUCAGGCUGCCUUCUCUCCUCAGGGAACCCCUCUGAGACUGAGGUGCACCCCUACUACUCAUUCUGCUGAUAAGCCUCAACUGAAUUUAAGCUAAAGUGAGAUUUCUUCCUGAAAACUGCCAAAUCCUUCCAAAGAAGUAGCCCAAAAGCAACUUCCCCAGCACACUCACUGGGAGGCGAGAGGGCGCCUGGGGCAGAGCACAUUCCCCCUCCGGCCGGUAUGGUUACACGGUAUUAAGAAAAGUCAAUAGAGACAGGAUUCCUCAAAGCACAGGUUGGUGCAGCCGGGGCCAGCUACCAUGGUUGCCUUGAUGGUGCCUGCUCCCUGUGUGUUUCCCUUUCUCCUCAUCUUCCAGACCUGUCUGUCUUGUGAGUGUUGAUAUUUUGGGUCCUGCUUGCUUCUGGAGCACCUCCUGACUCGUUCAGAAGCUUUGGUGAGCAGACUGCAGCACUUACAGGGUAAAGUGCAUGCCACAGCUUGGAAAAGUUGCCGGUGCUUCUUUGGAGCACACUGACUCCAGUGCCGAUGUGCUCAGCAGGCAGGAAGCCUCGGAGAACCAAGGAUAUGAUGGAGCUCCUAGAGGAAGAUCUCACCUGUCCCAUUUGCUGUAGCCUGUUUGAUGAUCCUCGUGUCCUGCCCUGUUCCCACAAUUUCUGCAGAAAGUGUCUGGAAGGAAUUCUUGAUGGAAACGUGCGGAAUGUGCUUUGGAGGCCGUCCCCUUUCAAGUGCCCCACGUGCAGGAAGGAAACUCCUGUUACUGGCGUCAACAGUUUGCAAGUCAAUUACUCCCUGAAAGGUAUUGUGGAGAAGUACAACAAAAUCAAGGUAACUCCGAAAAUGCCUGUGUGCAAAGUGCACAGCGGGCAACCCCUUAACAUUUUCUGCCGGACAGACAUGCAGCUGAUCUGUGGGGUUUGUGCCACCCGUGGUGACCAUACAAAGCAUGUUUUCUGUUCUAUUGAAGAAGCUUAUUCCCAGGAGAAGCGGGCCUUUGAAACCCUUUUUCAGGGCUUUGAAACAUGGCGUUGUGGAGAUGCCCUCUCGCGGCUGGAUACCUUAGAAACCAGUAAGAGGAAAGCUCUGCAGAUGCUGACCAAAGAUUCUGACAAAGUGAAGGAGUUCUUUGAGAAGCUGCAGCACACGCUGGAGCAGAAGCGCAAUGAGAUCCUCUCUGACUUUGAGACCAUGAAGCUUGCAGUGAUGCAGGCCUAUGACCCGGAAAUCAAUAAACUGAACACCAUUCUGCAGGAGCAGCGGAUGGCUUUUAACAUUGCAGAGGCCUUCAAAGAUGUGUCUGAACCCAUUAUAUUUCUGCAGCAGAUGCAGGAGUUCAGGGAAAAAAUCAAGGUGCUUAAAGAAACUCCUUUACCUUGUUCCAGUGUGGACAUCAGCCCUACAAUGAAAAGCUUUGAUACCAGCCAGUGGAAUGGCAUAAAGCUAGUUGAUGUGGACAAACUUUCCUUGCCUCAGGAAAACAACACUCUUAAAUUCAAGAUUUCCUCAGUCUUUUCACGCAGAUUUAUAGUGAAUUCCCUUAUUUGCUUGCUUAUUCUUGCUGUCACCAGGAUGUCCUUUGUGGAGUCAGUUGUUGACAAUCUCCAGUGCUGGAGAUCUCAAUUCUUUGCAAUUAACUUGUCCUAUUUGGCAGAUACGGUGGAGAUAGCAGAUCACGCAGUCUUUUACUGGGAACAGAUGACAGAUGGAGCUUCACUUCUAAGAGAAAAGUGUAAAAACUAUACAUUGGUUGUACUGGAUAAUGUUGCACAGUUUGUGUGCAAGUAUAAACUGUUGUGAAGCCCAUGCAAGAAUAGGAGAAGCAAGAGAGCUCUGGUGAGGAAAACAUAGAACUUCUU